CGCCACUGGCCUGGCCGCCAGGAAAGGCUGCUGGGCCAAAGGCCGGCCAGGUCCGAAAGGGGCCUCGACGAGCCGGCCGGCCGGACCUCCGUCGCCCUCUCGGCACAAGGCCGGCCAAGGCCCGGGGAAGGAAGGCGCGGCCCGGCGGGGCUUGGGGGCGCCCCGGCUGACCCCCUUCCCCCUGCGUUGGGCCGCCUGGCCCGUAACUCCCGGGGCGGAUUCCUGCAGCUCUGGCCUCUCUGCAGCCCCGGGCGGCGCCCGCCGGCCCAGCAGGGAUCGCGCGGCGUCGAGGCAGGCGCGGGUGAGGCGGGCCUUCUGCCGCCCCCGCCCCUCGCGCCGGACAGGCGGAGGUCCUGUUGAACCUCUGCAGCCAAACGGGCCGCUCCGCGUGGGCUUGUCCGGCUGCGCCGUCCCGAGGUCCGGCGGGGCUCCCCUCCCCUCCCCUCCCCUCCCCGCUCCGCUCGCGGCCGCCUGUCUUCCGCAGGGACCAUGGAGCCCUCCUUUCCCCCCUACCUCCGACGGGCGGACCCCUUCGGCGCAGAGGCGGCGCCCUCCCGCCCCACAGCCCCGCCACAGAGCGCCCCCCACGCCGGCGGGGGCUCCUCCAGGCCGCAGCAGGGCGUGGCUGUGAGGCUCACCUGCCGGGGAGAGGCCCCGGGGCGGCGGCGGGCGCUGACCGGACGACUCCGGCUCCUGGAGAGCGACAACUGCCAGGCGCGCACCCUCCUCGGCGAGCUGUCUGCCCGACUCUUGUCCAUCGAUAGUGAGGAGCAUCUCAUAGUGGUGACAUUCCGAACCUUUGAAGAAAUUUGGAAAUUUCAAACUUAUUAUUCCCUAGGGUUUUUAAAGCACUGCAUGGAGACUCUAUUGUGUGAUGACUAUUUCUGGCUUUUUGUACAAGAGGAGGAGGAAGCAGCUGGAAUUGAUGUCCAUUUAGAUGAAGAAUGUCUUGAAAUGCUGUAUAGGGACCUCCUAAUUCAAGAGGGGGCCUUCUUUGUAUUUCAUCCUGAAAACAUUAUAAGCAAGAGAAGAUCUUUGGAUUCUGGAGGCAGAGUUUACCAGCUGAACUGGGCAGCGGCGGCUGAGAGACCUUCCGAGGCGAUAGCGUGGGAUGCCUUCUCUAGGGGUCUGUCAAAGCCCUUGGCUCCUUUUCAUCAAUGGUUUCUUAAAGCGAACACGGACCCUUCUGAUUUUGUUGGUUCUGGUCAGAUUGGUCCUGACUGUGUGGCCAGGGGGUCCGCAGUAGCAGUUAUUGGCCAUGCAAGUUCUGUGCCAGAGGAAAUUAGCUUUCAGGAAGGUGACAGAGUUGAAAUUAUUGGCUACUUCAUGAAAAGCAUGCAGUGGUUUGUGGGAAGACGGGUCCCUAUGGGCCAAAUUGGUUUUGUUCCGAGCACGCAUGUUCAGCUGGACCCCUUCAAGGAUUCACUAGGCCAGGCUUUCUUCGAAGAAGAGCAUCCUUUUUUCCCCCAAGAAAAAGACUUGUCCGAAGAGAACGUGAUAAGACUCUUGAAACAAACAUCACAAAAGGAUAUUUGUCAUGCGUACCAAAUAGAUGGACAAGAAGAUUUCGAUUUUGAACAAUCCUUAAAGCAAGGGAUGUCACGCUUGUCUCUCAACAAAAACGCCUGCACAAUGAAAUGCAAGGUGGAGCAAUUGCUAAGGACAGCAAAAGGCCGGUCUGGGGACGGGAAGGCUGAUGGGAAGGAGCCGUUCUCUGCUUUGGGUGGCGAGGUGCCUCCCAUCUCGCAGCAGCUGUCUUUCUGCGUAGGCCGAAGUGAUAACGCUGGCAACCCUGAAGCCUCUGAUUCAUUGCUGCUGUUUCUGAACCAGAAGGGGUUUGAGACCAGCUUCAGCAACCUGUAUGAUCAUUCAUAUUCCUUCCUUGAGACUUUGUUUUACGGCUACACCAGCGAGGAAGACCUGGCAGAUUACUUGGGCUGGGCAUGGGAAGCAGCCAAACGAGCCGCUCUGCCGUGGGCCUUGGCCAGGCUCUGCUGCCUCUUGGGGCGGCUGAGCUUCCGGAAGCUCAAACUGUCUCAAGCCCGAGUUUAUUUUGAAGAAGCUUUGGCAACUUUGAAAGGAGACUUUGGAGACCUCUAUCUUGUCACUACUCUUUAUGCAAACCUGACUGGGAUCUACCUGUUGCAGAAGAACAGCCACAAAUGUGCUUGUGUUUUAGAGAAGGCUGCUUCUUUGCUCAUGGGAGUUCCUGGCUAUAUCAGCAGCACAGCCGUGGAGUCAGAGAUCCUGAAAUAUGCUUUAAAAAGAGCGGUGCUUUGCCGCAGCAAGAGGGCAGAAGCUAGAGCCUGCUUUCUGCUAGCAAAGCACUACUUGAACUUUCAGCAAGGGGAGGAAGCGCUGCCCUUUCUGGAACAGCUGCAGCUUCUGAAUCAAGACGGGGGCUUUCGAGAGAGCUCCUUGUCAGCGGAUGUCUAUUUGAAGCUUGGCCAGCUCUAUGGUCAGAAAUGCUUGCCCCACCUGGUGCUCAGCUGCGUCCGCAGUGCCGCCUCUUGCAGCUCUGGUACUUUGCUGGAGUCUUUCAGAGGCAUUGCUCUAGUAUUAAAAACUGGUCCCCCAACUGAGGGGCAAACGCCCCCCUCCCAAACUGCGCUUUACCUCCGGCAACUGCUUCCCUUGCUAGAGAACAGCAACAAGCACGGAGAAUUGUAUGGUGUUAUUUGCUGCAGCCUCUCUCUACUCUACAGCCGUCACAAGCUGUAUGGGAAAGCCAUUGAGUACAUGAAGAAGGUGCUGGGCAAGAGCAUGCAGGCGAGCACUGAAGAGAUGAUCCACCACAUGGUUCUUCUCAGUUGGUUAUACGUUCUCCACGGGCAGAAUGUGGUAGCUGUGGAUAUUCUGAAUGUCAUAAUUGAGUCUUCCCAGAGCAGCCAUCAGCAGUUGGGGGUUGCACAUAACAUGCUGGCCAUUGCUUUGAAAAGGCUGCAUGACACCAAGCGAGCCGUGGGAAGCUACUACAAAGCCCUGCACAUUUCACAAGAGACGGGGAUGACACAGAAUCAGGCAGUGGCUUUGGCUAAUUUGGGGAUCCUCUGUCGGCACUCAUCUGCCAGAGGUCUUGGGGAGCACUUCUUGCUAAAAGCAGUCAAAGUGUUCUCAGAACUGCCAAGCAUUGACUGGGGCAGAGAUUUUAUAGAAGUUCUCCUUAGGCUGGGAUGCUGCUACGCUAAUGGCGCGAGUAAAGAAGAAGCAAGGUGGUGUUAUGAAUGGGCAUUUUUGGUGGCAAUGGAAACCGACCAUUUAGAAGGGCAGUUUCGGGCCGUUCGGCAUCUGUGCCAGUUCUACAGUACAGUUUUGCCAGAUGAGGUUCAGUGUGUCAUUUACAAUGAGUACCAGCUUUCCUUACUUAGAAAAAGGCCUGACAAAGUCGUGGAAGGGCAGCUCCUGGAAACCAUCAGUCGGCUGUACCUGUCUCUAGGCACUGAAAGGACAUACAGAUCAGCCCUGGAAUACACCAAACGAAGCCUUGGACUGUUCAUUGAUCUUCAGGCAAAAGCAAAGGAAGCCCACGCCUGGCUUCAGGCAGGAAAAAUAUAUUAUAUGUUGCGGCAGAAUGAGCUAAUAGAUCUUUAUAUUCAGGCUGCCCAAAAUGCUGCUGCCUGCACUCAGGAUCCUAACUUAGAAAUGGAUUUAUUUGAAGCUUCUGGAGACAUAUUUUUUAAUGGAAACUGGGAAAAGGGAAAAGCAUUGUCCUUCUACAGGGAUAAGGCUCUACCUCUUGCUGUUAAGAUCCGAAACAGAAAUGCUGAGCUCCGCCUCUGCAACAAACUGGUGGGAUUGCUGUUAACGUUAAAGGAUUAUGAGGAAUGUCUGGGAUAUGCACAAGCAUCGCUAACUCUCAGUGUUGAUUUAGGGAUGCAGUUAAAUGAAAGAGUGUCCUAUCACCGCCUGGCUGUCAUCCACCAUCAUCUGGGGCAUAGUGAACUUGCUGAGCACUUCUACUUGAAAGCGCUCUCUCUCUGCCCUUCCCCUCUGGAAUAUGACGAGGAAGCUUUGUACUAUGCCCAGGUCUACCUUGUCCUCGGAGACAUCAUUUUCUAUGAGCUGAAGGAUCCUUUUGAUGCUGCUGGGUACUACAACUUGGCUCUUGCGGCAGCCAUGGAACUGGGCAACAAGAAAGCUCAACUGAAGAUUUACACAAGGCUAGCAAUAAUCUACCACAACUUCCUGGUGGACCGAGAGGUCUCUCUUUCUUACUAUCAGAAGGCCAGAGCCUUUGCAACAGAGCUUAACAUUCACAGAAUUAAUCUAGCUCCGAAUCAGUAUCAUACGAGAGCAUCAUGGGCCCUAGUGAAGAAUGUCAAGUGAGAUUCCUGCAGGACACCCAGUGCCCAGAUAAAGUGCAAGAAAUCUGGUUGUAUGUCGUAUGGUGUAUGUGCUGCUAGGGUUCUACAAACAUCAUUCCAUUUCAAACUGAGAAGCCCCUAGAGGUUUUCCAUGUGCACUUUAAUAAAAUGAGUGCAAAGAGAGAUAUGGUUAGAAUCAAUCUGCACCUUCCAAGCAGAAUUCAAAAUGAAUUAAGCAUUUAUACAAGAAGAUUCUUGAAAUGUAAUUACUUGCAGGAUUUAACAAGCAAUGAACAAACUAUGUUGCCAGCUGUAUUACAUCUUUGCAAAGGAACUUUGACUAUAAUCCUUUACAUGUUUUCUUGGAGGUUCUGUUGAACUUAAUAGGACUUCCUCACAGGUAAGAGCAUGUAGGUUAACAGUCUCUGUAUAGCACAUUUAGGUAUCACGGUCUUCAGCACUCUUUCUUUAAAUUCACUUUUAUUGAUUUAGUUGCUGGAUUGCCUUCCACAAUGAGAAAUGGGCCUAGGCAGGGGCUAGCUCCAAAGGUUAAAAUUUUUAAUAUGUAUCCUAAAGCCAGCGACUGCCAAUAAAGUGUCAAAAUCCCAUUGA